CUCAAGUCCAAUCACGAGUCCUAUCACGCUUCGCUGAUCUUGCGUUCUACUAUCGCCCUUGAGGCAUUCUUGACGAGCCUGCGCAAUCACAGCAGGAUCCUCAGCAUUAUUUCGAUGCUGUCCGAUGCGCAGAUGGAGUUUGUCCAGGAGUUGUGGAGGUCCCUUGGCCUGGAGAUUGUGAUCUUUGUGGUGACAUUGAUUUGCGCCUUUGUGGUGCGGGGCAUUUCGGCCAAAGCGGGAGGCAAGACUGUCUCUUCUCCAAAGGUAUCUUUCGAUCCACCGAAAACAUCGCCAUCCAGGCGUUCAGAGCCCGAGAAGACUGGGGAGACAGAGCCCGCGGAUGUGCUUCGUGAGCUCAUUCAAUGCCUCCACGAGCAUGGUGGCCCUUCGCGCCCAGCAAGGAUUCUUGGCCUUUAUGCGGAGCUUCGGCAUUUGCUUCACAGUGCGGGCAAGACGCUGCCAGAGAUCACCACAGGGCACCGCGCCAGUGAUCUCUACACCAGCCUUGCACAGCUUGUCAUCCGCACCGGAAAGCAUCAAAUGCUCAACUCGAUCAUCGAUGACAUGAUUCAGAACGAGGUGCCGCGGAGCCUGGCCUUCUAUGAGAGUGCUAUGAAGCAGUUGGCGGUGCAGAAGCAGUUUCGCUUGGCUUUGCGCCUGAAGCCCUGCCUGGCACGUCAAUCGGGUUGGAUCGGUAUCUAUGACCGAUUGGCGGAGGACGGACUAGAGACCACAGCAAUCACAUACAGCUGCCUGGUCCGCUUCGCCGCGGAAGUUGGCGACUUCACCAGGGCGAAAGACUUCUUUGAGAAGCUCAGCUCACUGACCACCCCCUCGAUUCGCGCUUACAUGACCAUCCUAGGGGUCCACAACAAGCGGCAAGACUGGCCCAGCGCCCAUGCAGUCAUUCAAGAUAUGAAGUUGCGAGGCGUUGCCAUCGACAGCCUCGCCUUGAAUGUGGCCCUGUCCACCGGUGUUGCGGCAGAUAAGGUGGAAGAAGUCAUGCAGUUGCUUUCGGAGGCUGAAAACAUGGAGCCCUGCAUCCCCGAUGUCGUCUCCUACAACACCUUGAUCAAGGCCUUUGCGCAGCGCGCCAGCUAUGCCGGCGCCUGCCAGGUUUGGGACCGGAUGCGGGCCCAGCGGAAGUUCCCCAACGCCAUCUCCUUCAACACCGUGAUGGACGCAGCAGUCCGUGCUGGCAUGCCAGAAGAGGCCUGGACUCGGCUGCAGGAGAUGCGGAAGCGGGGCUUCAAGCCCGACAAGUUCACGUGCUCCAUUUUGGUGAAGGCGUUUUGCAAAGCCGGGAACGGAGCUUCAGAGGAGUCCGUCGCCCGCACCCUGGCUGUCCUGGAUGAGGCCAACGACUGCCUUGAUGCAAGCCUGAAGGCAACUCUCUACAACAAUGUGCUCGAUGUCACCAGCAAGGCUGAGUUGAGCACCUCCAUGCUCAAGAUCAUGCAGCAGAUGCGUGCUCGGCGCGUCAACGGUGCUGCUCAAAAGAGUAUGGUCAAUGCGCUCGGCAACGGGCAGUAACCGGGCAUUGCACAGUUUCGCCCAGGAUA